AUGUCCAAGGCAGAUGAGAUUCGGAAACCCGUCAUCGAACUCUGUUCCCGCGCAUCUUUCAGCCAGAUGAAGAGCCUCCGAACGUCUGCCUUCGAGUAUGAUGAGGAUGUGGACCGCAGCGAACUCGACGAUGAUUUCUCGCCUGACCAGAUCACCAGCAGCGCCCAGCUCCGGAGGUUCUCCAACACUGACGCGCGGGUCCGACGCCAAAGCGCUUUUGUGAUCCAGAUGACAAAGGAGGAGCCCUUCGAUGAGCCCGAGGAGGAAGCAGCCUUGGUCUCCGCGUCCCCAUCGGAAAGAGGCCCCGCACGCGAAGAGGCGAAGCUGCCGCAGCCCCACCCUCUCAAGGAAGCGAUGACCCGGCGGAAGGUGAAAGUAGAGGAAGUGCGCCAGGUGCUGCAAAGCUUGGAGGACCUCACAUGCCUGGAGGAGCCAUUGGAUCCCCACAGCAAGCCGGCGUUGCCGCGGCCUCUGGUGGUGGCCGUGGGGGACAACAAUGCAGAGCUAGCAGAACUGCUGGUGGAGUUCGGCGCAGAGGUGGCGAAGCCCUAUGAGGGCGAGGGGAACUUCAAAGGCUGGAUCAAGCCCGGGGCUUCCUUGCUGCAAUCUGUCUCCAACCGCAAGGGCCGUUUCGUGGGCACCAUGCUGGCGGAGCGAUUGGAGCGGAUCGAGGCAAUACUCCAGUCCUCAGUGCAAGAGGAUCCGCAGGCGGAUGAGCUCCCCGAGGAGGAUGAGUCCGCUCCAAGCCAAAGCCGCUCUGCCUUCCGCGCGAUUUCCAGUACUUGGAUGCCGGGCGAGCUCUGUCGGCACACCCGUGGCCACCCGAUGGGAGUCUACGAGAUCCUGGAGCACCUCGGUGAUGGGGACACUAGCACAGUUUGGGGCGGCUGGCAUCUGGAGUCCAGCGUCUCGGUCGCGAUCAAGAUCGAGGCAAAGUCGGACGAGGGUGGCAUGUGGGAUGAGAUCGAGAUUAUGCGCAAGCUCAGGCACCCAAACGUUUGCCGUCUCUUCGAGACGUUUGAGAGCGAGACACAGGUCUUCAUGGUGCUGGAUCUGUGCCUGGGUGGCCGACUCUACGAUGCCCUGGCCAUGGAUGGUGGUCAAACUUGCAGGGCUCCGCGGCUGCUCCGGCAGAUGGCCGAAGCUGUCGGCUGCCUCCACGCGCACAAAAUCAGCCACCGGGACAUCCAGUUGGAGAACUUCCUGCUCGUGGAGUUGGAUGCUCCUGUGGAAGAGGCCACACUCCGGCUAGUGGACUUCACUACGGCCAAGGAUUACUCCAGCGGCCAGGCCUUGGUCACAAAGAUCUGCACGCCCACGUACGUGGCCAAGGAGAUCCUCACCCGCAAGAUGGAGCCCUACACCGAAAAGGUGGACGUCUGGUCGUUGGGCGUGGUCUUCUUCAUCCUCUUCUCCGGCCACCCGCCCUUCAGCGGGGAAACCGACUUUGAUGUGCUGAAGCAGGUGAAAAAGGGCCUUUGGAGCUUCGAGCCCGAGGAAGCCUGGGCCGACGCACCAGCAGAGGGCUUGGACUUGAUCCGGCACAUGAUCGCCCCAGCGCCCGAGCGCUUCUCCGCGCAGCAGGUGUUGCGGCACCGCUUCUUUGCCUGCCGGGCGCCCAAGUUUGGCGACUUCCCGCAAAUGUACUCGCUUCGCUGA